CGGCGCGGCGCUGGACGCCGCCGGGCUCGCCCUGCCCAACCUCGGCAGCAUCGACGAGCAGAGCGUCGCCGGCGCCAUCGCCACCGGCACCCACGGCAGCAGCCUGCGCCACGGCCUCAUCAGCGAGUGCAUCGUCGCCCUCAAGCUCACCAUGGCCGACGGCAUAACCCGCGCCUGCUCGCCCGACGAGCUCCCUGAACUGUUCCGCGCUGCCUUGCUGUCGGUGGGUGCGCUGGGUGUCGUCACCGAGGUGACGCUGCGCGCCGUGCCGGCCUUCUCGCUGGCGUGGAGCCAGACCAUCGACUCGGAUGCGAGGUUGUUUGAGGGGUGGGACAACGUGCUGUGGAAGCAGGCCGAGUUUGUGCGCGUGUGGUGGUUCCCCUACACGCGCCGCGCCGUGGUGUGGAAGGGGGAUCGGGUGGAGAAGGAGGACAUCGACUCGGGCAAGGUCAGCCACAGCCAGCCGCCCACCAGCUUCCAGGACAGCAGGCUGGGUUAUAUCGUCUACCAGAACCUGCUGGCGCUGGCGCGCUGGUUCCCGCGGGUGACGCCGUGGAUCGAGUGGUUCGUGUUCGGGCUGAACUACGGCUUCCGCAACGGCGAGAGCACGCGCGUGAGCGGCUGCCAGGAGAGCUACAAGGCCUUCCUCCUCAACUGCCUAUACAGCCAAUUCGUCAACGAGUGGGCCAUCCCCCUCCACAAGGGACCCGAAGCCCUACAGCGCCUCGGCGCGUGGCUCAACCGCCUGCAGCCCGGCGACCCCGGCUACGUCGACCACGGCAUCCCCUUCAGCGCCGAGGGCCUGUGGGUGCACAGCCCCGUCGAGGUGCGCGUGAGCGACACGACGGUACAAUCCAGCGCCGCGCAGGGGAACCGCCCCUACCUGGACAUCACGCCGGACGACGGUCCCGCCCUGUACCUCAACGCGACCAUGUACCGCCCCUACCACCGCGACCCGACCCGCGAGGCCACCGAGCGCUACUACCGCGCCUUCGAGUGGCUGAUGCGCGACCUCGGCGGCCGCCCGCACUGGGCCAAGGCGUUCUCCGUCUCGCCCGCCGAGUUCGCCGCUUGGUACGGCGCCGACUGGCGCCGCUUCUGCGGCGUGCGCGCCGCCGCCGACCCCGAGGGCAUGUUUGUCGGGCCCUGGCACCGCCGCUACCUGCUCGGCGAGGGCUCGUCUGUGGAUGCCCAGGGGGAGGAGGGGUUGCAGAGGCUUGCGCUGGAGGAGGUUGGGUUCGCGCGCGAGAAGGCCAAGGGGGGUGGGUUUUGCGUGUUUGGGAAACAGAACCCGGUCGUGCCGGCGUAGAAGCUGGGCAGGAUUUUGGGGCCGGCGAGGAACCUGCUGGAGGAGGGCAUUUGGUGGCAGUUUGGAGACGAGGCGUCCGGGCGGCCGUUGUGUUGGUUCUGACUGUCUGGUGGACUUUUCUUUGGUGUCGUAGAGCAUAAGCAUGAUGCAUGUAGUCCCAUAGAGGUCCAUUUAGGUGCAUGGAUGCCGAGUGUAUCCUUUGGGUAGUUCAUCGAACUGCUCGGUUCCUACGACGAAC